AGUUUGCCAAAGACAAUGUUGGACGAAGAGCUGACGUCUGAUCCGCAAAUCAAAGAUGUCUGCAAAGACUUCAUCCUGUCCGACGAAACGCUUCGCAUGGUCAUGCAAAAGCUGAACGAUGAGAUGAACAAAGGUCUAUCGAAGGCGACCCACGAUCAGGCGGUUGUCAAAUGUUUUCCUACAUACGUGCAAGACCUCCCUAAUGGCACAGAAAAGGGCAACUUUCUUGCCUUGGAUCUGGGCGGAACGAAUUUCAGGGUGUUAUUGAUAGCCCUGGAUGGUCAGAAUUUCGAUAUGAAGAGUAAAAUCUACGCGAUACCGGAAAGUUUGAUGCUGGGAACCGGUACACAGCUGUUCGAUCACAUAGCUCAGUGUUUAGCACUGUUCGUUAAGGAUCUGAAGCUUCAGGACGAGGUUCUACCUCUUGGAUUCACCUUCAGUUUUCCAUUAAAUCAACACGGAUUAACGAAGGGUCACUUGGUCAGAUGGACGAAGGGUUUCGAUUGCAGCGGGGUGGUGGACCAGGAUGUCGUUGCUCUUCUCGAGCAAGCGAUAGAGAGAAGAAAAGACGUGAAAAUCGACGUGUGCGCCAUUCUCAACGACACGACGGGCACAUUAAUGUCGUGUGCCUGGAAAAACAGAAACUGCCGUGUAGGAUUGAUCGUUGGUACGGGAACAAACGCCUGUUACGUGGAGAAGACGGAAAACGUGGAGUGUUUAGAACCAGGUAACUAUUCACCGGACAAACCACACAUGUUGAUCAACAUCGAAUGGGGUGCUUUUGGAGAGGGUGGCGUUAUCGAUUUCAUCCUCACGGAAUUCGAUCACGACAUCGACGCGAACUCGAUCAAUCCUUCGAAACAAUUGUUCGAGAAGAUGAUCUCGGGAAUGUACAUGGGGGAAUUGACGAGGUUGGCCCUAUACAAAAUGGUCCAAGCUGGCCUCCUCUUUGGUGGAAAAUGCCCGGCUGACCUCAAGAAACGUGGAAAAUUCUUCACGAAAUACGUCUCAGAAAUUGAAAACGAUCCCAAAGGAAAAUACACAAACUGCCGCGAAGUUCUAGCCGAGUUAGGGGCACGGAAUGUGAGUGAUCAGGAUUGCGAGAACGUCAGGUACGUUUGCUCGGUUGUAUCGAGGAGGGCUGCUCACCUGGCCAGCGCUGGAAUCGCUACCUUGUUGAACAAAAUGGGCGAGAACAACGUCACCGUCGGAAUCGACGGUUCGGUCUACAGAUUCCAUCCACACUUUCACGAUCUCAUGACCGAGAAGAUCAGCCAGUUACAGCAUCACAAGUUCGAUCUAAUGCUGUCAGAAGAUGGUAGCGGUCGUGGUGCGGCGCUGGUCGCCGCGGUGGCUGCUCAAAAACGGUGAAGGCAACGGCUGUGCCGCGUCUAUUCGACUUAGCUUAAAUUAAGUUAUACGCAGUAAAUGAUAUCAAUUUGACACACCAUUAACACAAAAACGUACACUAAAAGAUGCAUGAAAGUCACGCGUAUGUGUCGCGGAUGAAGUCGAUGAAACGAGCUAGCGAUUAAACGAAAAUUUAAAAAAAAAGAGAGAGAGAGAAUUGAUAAAAAGAAGAAGCGAAUGUAACUUUGUCUGCUAGAGUGAACAGGACAGUGUGCGUGUAUGUAUGCGAGGAGGCUUGCAAACGAGAGUAUUGUACAUAGAGUAUAAAACGUAGCCUAAAUACUGAAUCGAAACGAGAAAAGAAAAUAUUUCAAACAGAGAAAUUUUCUGUUUCACCGACCUGAUCUUCGAAAAGACCCGCGAAUAAAUCAGAUCAAAAUGAUUAGAAAAACUCUAGUUAAAUUAUUAGAAACAUGUAGAAGCGGCUACGUGAAUUGUUCGGCGGUACAGAGAUCAAUUUCAUUAUUUUUUCUUUUUUCUGUAUUCCUUGCCAAAGAAGAAGAAUAUUUUUCUUUUUCAUCGUUCAACCGCAUCGGACAGCUCGCUGAUCUUUCGAGAAGAAGAAAGGGUACGGACGGAUUAUUGUUUCACAUAGAGAACGAUUCAUAAAUUAUUUCUAUCAUCGUUUUAUCCUUUCGAUAGUCAUAUUGUAACGAUAGAUGAGUAUGCGGGAAUGUGCGUGAGAGAGGCUGAGAAAGAGCGUAAAUUAAAUUGUUCAAAGGUAGAAUGAGGGUGCAGAUGUAUCAACGAAAGGAUGUUUUGCAACGAGGAGUUUAUUAGACAGAAUAGUAGCGUAAUAAGGGAUUAGAUGGUUUGAAGUAUUUUUAGAUUUAUAGGCCACGGUCGCGCUCGAAACGUUCGUGUUCUUUGGACGUACCUCUCGUUGCCACCACGAUGACCUGGACUAUUUUAUGAGUCCGUCGAUCGUUGUCUCAAAACAAAAAAUGACAAAAAAAACCACAUAGAAUACGUGUGAGAGAGAGAGAGAGAAACGAGUGAUCAUUGUUAGAAGAAUUCGUAUCGUCAUAAUUGACAAUGUUUCUCGUUCUCUUACGUGGAGGACCUGAGAAUCGAUCAGGAUCGAUGAAACCUUGUAAAUUUUCAAGAACACUUAGAAUUGUAAUAUCACUUUGGUACUUAAAGUGAGAGUGGAAAGUUCCUUGAAAAUCUUGAGAAUUUUGGGAAACCUGAUAAUCCAGUAGUUGUAAUUCAAAUUUGCAAUGUAAAUUUUUGUGUGAUCACGUUAUUGGACUAUUCCAGGAAUUCGGUGAGAAUAAAUAUAGAGACUUUUCGAAUAAAGAAAAUGGAAAGGUAAUGAUCUAGGAUGUAUAUUUAUUUGAUGACUUUCAAGACCUUCAAACAUUUUCAAUAUUUUUACUUUGGAAAGGUGCCCAAAGAAAAUCGAAACAAUUACUAUUAUUAAUUUUUCCGCUACGAAAGGUUUUCCAAAUUUUCUAAAAUUUCCAAUUCGAAGCACGACAAUCCGAUCGCUACCUCGCUGUCGAUCAUCAAGGCGUAUCGAUAGAAAUCAAUCGGUUUUUCCUGCUGGACUCGUUCUUCGAAACGGGAGACGCGUGCUUCGAAUUCGUAGUCGCAUUCGAAGAUUGCGAAACGCGAGAUCGUCACCUGGAAUCCUCGACGUAAGAGACACGUUCGCUACCGUAUAUACUUAUUUCGGUCGUCGUAACGAUAAGAGCACGCGCGACGCCAGUGAUAAAAAUCGAAUACACGGUUACCACCUGCUCGUCGUUAAGGUGAACGAAUAUCUUUAUCCUCGCGAAUAGACGAGUUUUUUUGGUUCCUCAAUCGUCUCCUGACUCCCUGUUCCUUCUUCGUCUCGUUCGCCAUCAUGCUGCGACGAAUGUGGAGACUGAAGACGGUGAGUACCGAGUCUGGAUCACGAAUACGCUUGGCGUGGAUCACGCGGAUCCUAAGCGUGUCAGAGUUAUAAUAAAAAUACUACUAGAACAGCGACGCGUUGACGCACGAGUUCCGUUGUUUGUAUAGCGUCGCGACGUAUUUUAAUAUAUACAUAUUAAAAAAAAGAAGCAUUAACGAAAUAAAAAAAAAUAGCGCGGGAGAUUCUUAAAGCGCGAAGGUUCUUUUUUUAGACGAAUUACCUUGUCCUAGGUUGUUUAAGAAGAAAAUCAACGACUAUCGGAUGAUUCCUCUGUCUAAUUAAAUAUAGCUAAUUGAUAAAAGAGGCGAAACAACAGGAGGAUCGACCAUUUCGACGAAGCGUCGCGACUUUUUUUACACUCAUCAACCGGUUAAAUGUUCAGAGGAGUUGUGUACACGUUAAAGGUGCAAAAUAAAAGUCGUCGUAAA